AUGCAAGUAACGCGCAAGAAUUCCAAGCAAGUUGUGAUGACAGCGGAUCCCGUCGACGGAAUUUACUGGCUGCGGUCUCCUCAACGAUCGACUGAUGCAGCGACACACAAUGGGGCCAUCGACUUUCGCACGCGCAUGGGUCAUGCAUCCCUCGAUGCUCUGCGCAAGAUGAUGGCCACCGGCAUGAUCAAGGAAUCCAAUGCACCUCUCUCAUCGACUGAGCCAAGUGUGUGUCGUGGUUGCCAGCACGGGAAGAUGAUUCUCAAGAUUCAGACGCAGUUCGGCAAGAAGAUCAAGUUCGUUCGGCAUAAUGGAGCGCAUGAGUUUGCGAACAACUCGAUCAAGACCUUCUACGAAGAUCAAGGUAUAGAGCAGCAGGUCACAGUGCCGUAUGCACACCAGACCAACGGCACUGCAGAACGCGCAAUACGGACCAUCGUCACGAUCGGACGCAGCUUGCUGCAUCAUGCAAAUCUGGAGAGGUGUCUCUGGGCUGAAGCGGCAAUGAAGGCGAUCUACAUCAAGAACCGACUGCCUUCACCCAAGAUCGACCACAAGACUCCGUUCGAGAUCGUGUACAAGUCGAAACCAAGUAUCAAGCACAUGCGUGUGUUUGGAUGUUAA